AUGACAACCAUAUCGUCUACUCCUGCCAUAGAUAAUGCCGGAGAUAUUGAACAGAACACAGCAUAUUCACCGACCGAAAACCGAAAUGUGAGCCAAGGAAGUGAACACUACCUCCAUCAACCCAACGAAAAGGAUCAGUGGAGUGAUCCGGGGGCCAGCGACGACGAUGUACACAAAAUUACGGGCUAUCGAUGGUUUCUAAUUUGCGCUGCUCUUUACCUGUCAGCAUUGAUGUACGGACUGGAUACAACGAUCGCUGCAGACGUACAAGGGGCGGUAAUUCAGAGGUUUGGCCAAGUCGACCAACUCGCCUGGAUUGGGGCCGGGUUCCCUCUUGGGUCAGUCGCUGUCAUUCUGCCCUACGGAUUUCUUUUCACCACAUUCAACAUGAAAUGGCUCUACAUUGCCGGGAUUGUCUUGUUUCAGGGCGGGUCUGCUCUCUGUGGUGGCGGUCCGAAUAUGGGUGCCCUGAUUGUCGGACGUGUGAUUGCCGGUGCCGGAGGAACUGGUAUCUAUCUAAGAGGACUGAACCACAUCUCAGCCAUGACGACUCGAAAGGAGCGUGGGGCGUAUCUCGCUGUGACUUUGAAUAUUAAAUAG